AUGAAAGUUGAGGUAUUGGAGAUAUUGAAGAGCAGCUAUGCAGCAAAAAACGUUCCCAAAGGAGUGUUCAUACUACCACUGACUCUGCUUGUGGUAGUGCUGUUCCUUCCUCUGAUCAUAAACUUUCAUGAAUCAGAUUCUACUCUUUAUUAUGGUGGCAAUUUGGAAAGUACAGAAAAUUAUAGCUGCAACAUAUUUUCAGGAAAUUGGGUGGCUUAUUCUGAAGGGCCUUACUACGACAACGAAAAUUGUCCUUUCAUAACGUACAAGCAAAACUGCUUCAUGCAUGGGAGACCCGACAGAGAGUUCCUCAAAUGGAGAUGGAAACCUGACGAAUGUGAGCUUCCACUGUUUGAUGCCAAACAGUUUCUGAAGCUUGUUCGGGGAAAGUCCAUGGCUUUCGUUGGAGACUCAAUUGGGAGGAACCAAAUGGAGUCAUUGUUGUGCCUCCUAAAUAGUGUUGCUCGCCCAGAGGAUAUUACAGGCAGAUACACAUUGAACGACGACAAAUAUUUCAAAUGGUGGUUCUAUGCUCAUUAUAACUUCACUGUUGCAAUACUAUGGUCCCCUUUUCUAGUCAAAUCGAGUCAAGCAUACCUCAACGACGCUUCUUUCUCCAACGCCGAGAACAUUUACGUGGACGAAGCAGAUAAAGCAUGGACCAAUCACAUUGCGAAUUUCGACUACGUCAUCUUCUCUGGAGGACAAUGGUUCUUCCGACCAUUAACGUUCUACGAAAACGGCAGCGUUGUCGGGUGCCAAAAGUGCCAUAACUUGAUGACCGACCCUCUAAACCUGUACGGGUACAGGAGCGCAUUACGAACAGCUUUUAGAACGGUGGUAAACCUAAAAGGGUUCAAGGGGAUGGUGUUUUUGGUGACUCAUUCGCCCAACCAUUUUGAGAAUGGGGAGUGGAACAAAGGUGGGGGAUGUAACAGAACAAUGCCCAUCACAAAGGAAGAAAGUUUGCUGUUGCAUCCGUAUGGUCUUGAGGAGUUUUAUGAGACUCAAGUGGAGGAAUUUAUGGCUGCAGAAAAGGAAGGGAGAGAGAAAGGGUUACGUUUUGGUUUGAUGAAUAUAACGAGAGUGAUGCUCAUGAGGCCUGAUGGACAUCCUCAUAAAUAUGGACAUAAUUUGGAUGGGAAUGUCUCCAUCAAUGACUGCGUUCAUUGGUGCAUGCCUGGCCCUGUCGAUACCUGGAAUGAGUUCUUGCUCCAUAUCAUCAAAAUGGCAAGCUUGCAGACUUUUACUCAGAGAGAAGUUGUUUCAACUUUUAAAAAAGGCAGGAAAAUCGUGAAGGAGGAGAUAUGUAACGAUGAAAUCUCACGUUAA